UUGGAGUCCAAAACAGCAUCUGACUGGUCAAGGUAGAGUCUUUUCCAUUACUGACAUUUGGGAUGAGAACAAAGCCAGAACUCCAAAUCUAGCCUCCCCAACCUGGAACAGAAGGACUGCGAUUCCCGUGACAUCUUCACAUCAAUUUCCAAACGUUGGGGAAAAUCUGAGGCAUUACCAGCGUACUCCCUCUGCGGUGAUAUUUACCUCCAAACACGGACGAGGCAGAUGGCAGCCAAGUACGCACACGGGUACCUUCACCCUCUCUUCCGCGGCCUCGGCGGGGGCGCAGGCCUGCCCCACACCGGGGUGCUAAGCUGCCCGCUCCUCCGAACUGGAGAGUUAACACCAUCCUUAAUUAAGUUCUUUCAUGAUGGCUGCCAGGUGUGCCCUUCCGCGGGACAGUGUUAAUUCCAACCUCCGGGGACAGAGACCCAGCCCCCUUUCCCGGCAAGUCUGCCUUUGCUCUCAGCCCCUACCUGGAAACCCCUUCCGCGCCCCACGGCCCCCCUUCGCAUGGACGGGGGAGUUGCUUGUUACGCUGCCGGGAAGUUCACGUCCAGCGCCCACCCGGGCGAGCCCCGCAGGUAUAUAAGGACAAAGCAGAGCGACCCGGACCAGGCGGCGGCGAAGGAGGAGAAAUAGAAGAAAAGUGACCGAGAGAGGCCGCCGAGCAUCCUCGUCCAGGCGCAGCGGGAGUUGCCCAGACAGCAACCUCCCGGCGACAGAGCCUCUGCCUGCCUGGAAAAUGCCGAGAUUGUGCUGCAGCCGCUCGGGCGCCCUGCUGCUGGCUUUGCUGCUUCAGGCUUCCAUGGAAGUGCAUGGCUGGUGCCUGGAGAGCAGCCAGUGUCAAGACCUCACCACGGAAAGUAAUCUGCUGGCGUGCAUCCGAGUGUGCAAGCCCGACCUUUCGGCCGAGACGCCCGUGCUCCCCGGCAACGACGACGAGCGGCCGCUGACCGAGAGCCCCCGCAAGUACGUCAUGGGCCACUUCCGCUGGGACCGCUUCGGCCGCCGGAACGGCAGCAGCGGCGGCGGCGGCGCGGGCCCGGAGCGCGAGGAGGCGGUGCCCGCGGGCCCCGGGCCCCGAGGCGAAGGCGCCGCGCCCGCGCCGCGCGAGGGCAAGCGCUCCUACUCCAUGGAGCACUUCCGCUGGGGCAAGCCGGUGGGCAAGAAGCGGCGCCCGGUGAAGGUGUACCCCAACGGCGCCGAGGACGAGUCGGCCGAGGCCUUCCCGCUCGAGGGCAAGCGGCAGCUGGCCCGGGGGCAGCCCGACGACCUGGAGGACGGCCUGGCGGCGGCGAGGGCCGCGGGGCCCUAUAAGAUGCAGCACUUCCGCUGGGGCAGCCCGCCCAAGGACAAGCGCUACGGCGGCUUCAUGUCCUCCGAGAAGGGCCAGACGCCGCUGGUGACACUGUUCAAGAACGCCAUCAUCAAGAACGCCCACAAGAAGGGCCAGUGAGGGCGCGCGGGCCACGGGGCCUCUCCCCCCGGGAGGCUCACCCGAAAGCCCCGCUCCUCGCCAUCCGCCCGCCCGCCGCCUCCCAGCCGGGGUGAGCUGCUCGCCCAGGCCGGGGACGGCAGCAGCUAUCCAGUCUCUAAAAGCUGUCUGUAGUUAGGAAAUAAAACCUUUCAAGUUUCACAUCUCACUCUGACUUUGAAUGUCGACUGG